AGAGCUGCGCCAGUGGCAGACGACGCACACUGGUCAGCUGGAGAGCAGGAAGCCCCACAGCGGGACGGGAACAUUCAACUCAUAUCCGACCAGAUCAAGCUCCAGUCCGGCUGCAGUGAGUUCAGUGACUAGAUGGAAAGGCAGCUGUUACAGCAGGCCAAGGAGGCCUUCAUCAGUGGCAGGGCUCGACCUCUAGAGUUCAGACUCCAGCAGCUUCACGCCCUGCAGAGGAUGAUCAUGGAGAAGGAGACUGAGAUUUCCACUGCUCUCAAACAAGACAUCAGCAGGAGCCAGUAUGACACGCCUCUCCUGGAACUGAUCAGCAUUGAGAAUGAGAUCAAGCUGGCCAUAGAGAAGCUUGCACAGUGGGCUGCUCCUCGUCCUGUAGAAAAGAACCUCUUUACUAUAUCGGACGAGGUCUACAUUCAGCCAGAGCCCCUGGGAGUGGUUCUCAUCAUUGGGGCUUGGAACUACCCCUGGGCUCUAACUCUGAUUCCGCUGGUUGGAGCCAUCGCUGCGGGCAACGCAGCUGUGGUGAAACCGUCCGAGUUGAGCAAGUGCUCGUCCCUCCUGCUACAUGCACUGCUGCCUUGCUAUCUGGACAAGGAUCUGUACCCAGUAGUGACAGGUGGUGUGUCAGAGACGCAGCAGCUGCUGAGGCUCAGGUUUGAUCACAUCUUCUACACGGGCAGCAGCACAGCGGGCAAACUGGUGAUGGAGGCUGCAGCGCGCCACCUCACCCCUGUGACCCUGGAGCUGGGCGGGAAGAGUCCCUGCUACAUCGACAAAGACUGUGAUGUCAGGACGGCCUGCCGGCGUGUCACAUGGGGGAAGUUUGUGAACUGUGGCCAGACUUGUAUCGCUCCAGACUAUAUUCUGUGUGAGCCCUGCAUCCAGGGCCAAGUGGUUGAAUUCAUCAGAGAGACUCUGCUGGAAUUCUAUGGUGCUGAUCCGAAAUGCUCGCCUGAUUACGGCCGAAUCAUCACCCAGCAGCACUUCAACAGAAUCAUGGGUCUGAUGGAGGGAUACACUCCUGUUGUGGGGGGGCAGAGUGAUUCCUCACAGUGCUACAUUGCCCCAACGGUGCUGAAGGAUGUGCCCCCCCACUCCAGGCUGAUGCAGGAGGAGAUCUUUGGCCCUCUCCUGCCAAUAGUCACAGUGAGCGACAUAGAGGAUGCCAUUAACUUUAUCAAUGAGAGGGAGAAACCCUUGGCUCUCUAUAUCUUCUGUUCUGACCAGAAGACCAAGGCAAUAAAACGGAUGAUUGAGGAGACCACCAGUGGAGGAGUGACAGUUAAUGAUGUCAUGAUGCACUACACAGUCAGCUCGCUCCCAUUUGGAGGCGUUGGUCAGAGUGGCAUGGGUCGUUAUCAUGGCAAACACACCUUCGACCAGCUGAGUCACCAGAGAGCGUGCCUGAUUCGCUCACUGAAGAUGGAGAGGGUAAAUCUGGCACGCUAUCCUCCCCAGGACCGCCGGCGAGCGCGGCGGGUCCGCAUGGCCCUCAGGUCCCCUCUGAUCGACACGUCCAAGAGGACGCUCAUCUGGGCUGCUGUGGCCACCAUCCUGGGCAUCGGCCUGUUCAUCACUCUGUUGGUCAUCCUGCUCAUAGCUGCCGGCCUUAACUGCACCUGCUGGUACUGGAGAGGCUUCUAUAACUAGCAGAGCCGAACCGCUUUCCUUCACAAACUCUUUCCAAAUAAUUAAGAAAUGCGUCAGUGAUUUUACACUGAGAUCUGUUUGGACUUGAGAUGUUUUAGUGUUUAAUGUACAUAAUUGUUUAAUCUAACUUGUUUUUUUCCCCUGCCUCUCAAUUUUGUGUCAGAGGAUUUUGCUCAGCAACUAAAUAACCCUAGCUCAGUCAUUACUGUUGUGAAUGGUUCUUUUCUUAAGGAAAUACAUUAAAAACAAGCAAAUCAUAC